UAUUCGGUACUGUAGGGGGUGUUUUUUAUCCCUCCGCGCUCUACGACGCUGCUAAUAAACACGUCACCCCGAGCUCGGUCCGAGUCAGGCGAAGUGCGCAGCUCCGAAUUGUGUAACUCGGAGCCUCGGCAGCGCUCGCGGAGGCCCGAUGAGUUGUCGCGCGCACUCGGCGGUACCGGAAGGCUUCCGUGCGCGAGUCGUCUGCGUUUUUACGGACCAGGGACGCGUUCGCUGCUGUUUUUUUUCCUCGUAGAGAGAGAGAGAGAGAGAGAGAGGGGAACGCGGAGUUGAGCGCGUGAGUCGCUGGAGUGAAGGUGUUGUAGCCGAUGGAGGAGAUGGAGGAGGCGUCCGACGCUCGCUUUUGUCCCACAAAAAUCCCGAGCAGCCUAAUGAAGUGGAGGAAGAGGGUCAAGUCUGAGUACAUGAGGCUGAGGCAGCUGAAGCGCUUCCGCAAGGCCGAGGAGGUGAAGGCAUUGUUUUUGUCAAACAGACGUAAGAUCGAGGAAAGGACCGACCUGUUAAAUGAGGAGUGGUCUAAGCUAAGGAUCCAGUCCAUCCCUCUGUCCACACCAAGCAGCUCACUGGCCAGCAAGAAGCAGUGCACGGUGGAGUUCGGCUUUCCAUCAUUCCCCAGUCAGGCAGUUGCCAUGAGACCCCUGACAACCGUUGCUGGGAUACCAUUCAUGUACUCCUGGUCCCCCUUGCAGCAGAACUUCAUGGUGGAGGACGAGACCUUUCUGCACAACAUCCCUUAUAUGGGUGAUGAGGUACUGGAGCAGGAUGAAGCGUUUCUUGAAGAGCUCAUAGAUAACUAUGAUGGAGUCCAUGGAGAUAGAGACAGAGGCUUCAUUAACGACGAGAUCUUCAAGGAGCUAGUGGAGGCGCUCAGCCAGUAUUCGGACCAGGACGAGGAAGAGGGGGAGAGCACGGAGGAGGAGGAAGAGGAGGAAGAGAAGGAGGAGGAGAAGGAGCAAUGUCUGAGGAAAAACACAGAAGAGAACGCGGCCGAGAACAAAGAAGGACCUGUGGGUUUCAAAAGGAAGCGCAGAAGAGUCGCUGAGGGCAAUGAGCAGUCUCUCAGUAAGAAAAUCCCUCAUGACAAGAUCUUCACAGCCAUCGCGUCUAUGUUCCCUUACAAAGGCACGACCGAAGAGCUCAAGGAAAAGUAUAAGGAUCUGCUGGAGCCUGCGAGUGCGGUGAAGCUUCCUCCCUUGUGCACCCCCAACAUCGACGGCCCCUUCGCCAAGUCCGUGCAGCGAGAACAGAGUCUGCACUCGUUCCACACACUCUUCUGCCGCCGCUGCUUCAAAUACGACUGCUUCCUCCACCCAUUCCACGCCUCUCCUAACGUGUAUAAGAGGAAGACUAAAGAGAUCCGGAAGGAGACGGAACCCUGUGGAUUAGAUUGCUUCCUGCUACAGAAAGGAGCGAAAGAAUUUGCCGAUCAGUACAUGCUGAGGUCACGGAGGUCUCGUCGGCGCAGGCGCCAGCCACGCCCCUCAACCACAACAGGCCCCGCCCCCUCAAGUUCAGCUGAGGAGAGGAAAGAUGGAGAGAGUGACCAUGAGACCACAAGUUCCUCUGAGGGUAACUCUCGGUGCCCAACCCCCACCAAGCUGAGGCAGGGUGAGGAACUGAUGGAGGAAGGCGAGUCUCCUCUGAAGUGGAGCGGUGCAGACGAGUCGCUGUUCAGAGUCUUGCACGGGACGUACUACAACAACUUCUGCUCCAUUGCACGCCUGCUGGGCACCAAGACCUGCAAACAGGUGUACGAGUUUGCAGUGAAAGAAGUGCUGAUUCAUCGAGUUCCUCUGGAAGAUGGAGGCAUCUCACCACAAAAGAAGAAAAGAAAACACAGGUUAUGGGCCAAGAUCCAGUUAAAAAAAGAUAACACGUCCAAUCAGGUGUACAACUACCAGCCAUGUGACCACCCCGAGCAUCCGUGCGACAGCUCGUGUCCAUGCGUGAUGACCCAGAACUUCUGUGAGAAAUUCUGCCAGUGUGAUCAAGAGUGUCAGAACCGUUUCCCAGGCUGCCGCUGCAAGACGCAGUGUAACACCAAGCAGUGUCCGUGUUAUCUGGCCGUGCGCGAGUGCGACCCCGACCUCUGCUUGACCUGUGGAGCUUCGGACCGCUGGGACAGCAAACAGGUUUCCUGCAAGAACUGCAGCAUUCAGAGAGGACUCAAAAAGCACCUUCUCCUGGCCCCUUCAGAUGUAGCAGGAUGGGGAACUUUCAUCAAGGAGCCGGUUCAGAAAAACGAGUUCAUCUCCGAGUACUGUGGAGAGCUUAUUUCCCAGGACGAAGCAGACCGAAGAGGCCGAAUCUACGAUAAAUACAUGUCCAGCUUCCUGUUCAACCUGAACAAUGACUUUGUGGUCGACGCGACACGGAAAGGGAACAAGAUCCGUUUCGCCAACCACUCAGUCAAUCCCAACUGUUACGCUAAAGUUGUCAUGGUGAACGGGGACCACCGCAUUGGGAUCUUCGCCAAACGCGCCAUACAGCAGGGGGAGGAGCUGUUUUUUGAUUACAGGUACAGUCAAGCCGACGCUCUCAAAUACGUGGGCAUAGAGAGGGAGAUCGACGUGGUCUGAUUUUAUUCCCCCCCAGUGUCCACCUUUUCCUGCCCAUGAUGCACCUCACCUCUGCUCCCUCAGGACUGCGGUUCUAUAAAUGUGGUCGCCUGGAUACAUCUUACAAGAAUCUGGGAUUCUGUGAUGUCAUAACAUUUCGAAUUAACGGUAUGAUAUCAAGGAAUCGCAGGCUCACCCCAAAAACAAAAAAGGUCACACAAAGGUUACACAGACUUUCACUUUUCUGUCUUUCAAUAUAGCAGCAAUAGGGUUGCUAGAAGUAUCCAAGCCAGCAUGUUUGUUGGUGCAAGUGACUAGAAAACGCUCAAUGAAACAGUGGGAGGAAAAAAUUAAUUGUUUUAUACAAAAAAAAAAGUAAGUUACUUAUGUUAGCUUAAAUCAACCGGCUAAUGUGCUAAUUAGUGGUGCGUUAACAUUCCCAGCAAAAUCAAAGGAAAACACAGCAAUGCUAAACAAAUCUGCAAAACGAUCUCCAGCUAGGAAGUUACAGAUAGCUAAAUGUGCUAACUUAUAGAUCGGUUUCUGGUCCGCAGCAUGUAGGCUUGUACAGGAAAUACCAGCGUAUGCUAUACUACUAAUACAACAAGCCUCACAUUGGUGAAGAUCGUUAGCUAAGAACGGUAGCACUCUGUACAGAGCUAGCAUUUGAAUGAUUAGCGGAGUAAAUUGGGAAUAUGUUUACCUCAUGUCCACUUAGUUAUGCGACAGCAAUGAUGCGAUGAGUUAAAAAAAAUCAAAAAAAAAAAAACAAUAAAUAAAAUACAGCGGUGUCCGUUUUAUUAUUCACAUUUUUUUCUGACAAGAAAGCGCAACAAGCUGCUCGUUUGGCUAAUCUGAAGCAGACAGCGUUCUUUACUUUACAGUUAACCUUUCCGCACACAAGCUUUUAGCGGUUUAUCAUCUAUAUUUACUCUACCUAAUGUAUAGUUACAAAGUAGUAUACAUAUUUAUGGUUCCUGUUAGUCCUGGUCAGUUUCUUCACGAACGAAUUUCACAUCUGCAAUAACGCUAUGAUGCAGUGUGCCGUUAUCUUAGCUUGUUAGGCUAAUCUGCAAAAGCUUUGCCAUCUGCUACUCGGACAUUUAUGGUUUAUUUUUACUAAGAAAAAUAACAUUCUAUAAAAAUGCCAUUUUGUAUCGACAAUGCUUUAAACAAUAUCUAUUAAUCCAGUUAUUCCAGCGCUAAGCAUCUCUGCAGUGGCUAACUACAUAGCAAACAUAUACUUAUUUGUAAGAGCUGAACACAGCUAUCUGCAGGGUUGCCAGUUUUGAAGCAAAAGGUUCUAGCUCAACUGAAUCUCUAUAAAAAAUAAAUAUAGAUUUUGAUACACCAUAACUGAUACCUGUAUACUCACCUGGACCAGACGUUACUCUCGCCUUUCUUUGCAAUACAUUUUAACAUACAGUGGCUCUUGAAAUUACGUGAACGGAUUUCUGCAUAAAUAUGACCCAGUAAAUUGUCACAAAGUGGACCCAAUCCAGCGUAUGAGACAAUAUUAUACUUGAUCAUUUAUGUAUUGAGAAAAACAAUCCAUUAUUACAUAUAUUCGGGUGGCACAAGUUUUUGAACGUCUAGGAUUAGCAGAUUAGUAUUCCUGCUUCUUGUUCCUAACUAUUACUAAAUACAGGUAGCAAAGAUGGAGGAUAAAACGGAACCACAGCCAUUUAAAACUGGUAAUUGAGUACCAUUCAAAUUUUCAUCAUAAAUAUGACCCAAAACAUUGGACCCAAUCAAGCAAAUGAGACAAUAUUAUAUUUGGGUCAUUUAUUUAUUGAGCAAAAUAAUCCAAUAUUAUUUAUCUGUAAAUGGCACAAGUAUGUGAACCUCUAGAAUUUGCUCCUAAUUUGGAGGUCCAAUUAGAGUCCACCUAUUUCUAAUUAAUGGGAUGGCAAUCAGGUGUCACUAAGCACAUUGUUUUGUUUAAGGAACAGAAAUUAAUGGAAGUAUGACCUUCACAACAUGUUUGUGGAUGUAUUUUAAGGUACGAACGAUCGAGAUUUCUAAGGACCUCAGAAAAUUGUUGCUGAUGGUCAUCAACCUGGAACAGGUUGCUAAAGCACUAAACUUAGAGGCUCACAUACUUGUGCCACUCACAGAUAUGAAGUGGUGGACGAAGUACACAAACCAUGUAGUUGAGUUAAAGUAGAGAUGCACUCGAUAAAAUAUGACUCCAGUAAUAGUGUCCUUUAAACUUUCACUUGAGUAAAAGUACAAAAGUAUUUGCCUUCAAAUAUACUUCAUUACUCAGAGUACUAUGAUUUUGACUAUAUUCCUUAGGUUGCAAGGAGAAUUAUUGUAAGAGGAAAUCGUUCAGGGCGAAAAAAAAUGUAUGUAAAUUUUUUGAAACUGUUCUGCUGUUGAACUGAUUCAGAACUGUAUGUUGGUGAUGAGUAGAUCCACUAAGCGCCAAUCAAAACAAGUUUAAAACAAAGACCAAGUUUUUAUCCUCAUAAAUAAAAGGAACUGAUUUCGCAAAACGUACUCGAGUAAAUAGUAAGAUAUUUGACUUUGAAAUGUAGUGACGUUAAAGUGAAAUCCCCCCAAAUGGAAAUACUUCAGUAAAGUACAGAUAUGUAAAAAAGGUACUUAAGUACCGUAACUAAUAACAUUUUCUUUGUUACUGUCCACCACUGCAGAUAUGUAGAAGUGGAUCAUUUUUCUCUUGAAAUAAAUGACCCAAGUAUAAUAUUUUUGUCUCAUUUGCUUGAUUGGGUUCACGUUGUCUAUUUUUAGAAUGAUGUUUUAGGCCAUAUUUGUGCAGAAAUACAGAAAAUCCGAAAGCCACUUUCAAGCACCACUGUAGAAGUUGUCAUGUCCAUCAUGGAUAAACCGUCCUCAGAACUUUUCUCUUUUGUUCGCAAUUGCAUAUGUCUGGAAAUUUGAUUCCGUUACAAUUAUUUGUUUCAAAUUAGGAAAACAAUUCCUGAAGGUACAGGAAAAAAGCCUGAACCUGGCAACCCUGCAAAUCCGUUAUGUUUUAAACUUCAUCAAACAUACAAGCCGACAGGGUGAAUGUGCACUUCGAACUAAUGAGGAGGAUGAUGAUGAAGGAAAGAGAUUCCUUCACAAAGUCUUUUUAUUAUUAUUGUUUUAAACACGAGUGGGUUCUGUUUUAUGGAUUACAUAUCGGUCGAAUCCCGAACUAAAUCCAUCACGUCGGCCAAGUUUUUGGGUGGGUUCUAUUUUUUUUCAUACAGAAGAUUUGAGAAGGCAUUUACCGAAUACGUUAACCGUCGUAUUAUUAUUGUUAGAAGCUAUAGCAUGCUAUAGAAAAAAAUAUAUGCUUUAUGAAAUUAAUGACAGAUUUCAGUUUUCUUAAUUACGCAAAAUUUGCCAAUUUCUUUAUUUUUAUUUGACCUCCUCAAAUCUUCCAAAUGAAGGAAAGGAACAUUUCACUCAAAUUUCUGAAGAAUUUCAGAAAUUUCUGAUUGUUUGGGAUUGGCGUGGUCGUGUCAUUUGGAGUUUUCCUGCUUCUUAUUUCUAACGCUUACUAAAUACACCCAGCAAAGACAGAGGAUGAAAUGAAAAGAGUAAAAAAUUGGUAGGUAGAGCGUGAGGUCGCUUUAAGCAAGCAGAAAUAUUAGGAAAUCUCCAGAAGUAAUAAAACCACAGCCAUUUGUUUUUUAUAUUUUUUUGAAGGCUACCUGCUUACUUUUUGUGUCCAAUUAAAUAUCACUUCAAGUACCCUUUUGCUUUUUUAUUCAUGGUAAGAUAAUGCUCUUUAUCUUCUGAAGAAGUCUUCCCAUUGGAUCGAAUGUGCCAAAAUACCAGAAACGCUGACUCAGCGAAUCCAUAGCGCUUAAUUAACGAUGAAUAAUUACCUUUCAUUUUUGGACCUGAUUCCAUUUCUAUACAUUUCAAGUUUUCAUUUCAUCCAGUAUAUUCUCUAUGUCCGAAUACUGAUCUCCAUGGUCUAAAGGUUUUUCGAGAAUAUUAUUACAUAAUAUUUCUCUAUUACGUUCUAAGUGCGUGCGUCAAUGCUUGUCCUGACCUGCUCUUUAUUAAAAAAAUUAAUCAAAUAAAGAGAGCUCUGUGAGGUGACUGAAAUGCCAUGGAAGGUAGACAUGUAUGUAAAAAAAAAACAAGUGUAUGGAAAAUAAAUUUAUACUUUGAAAA